AUGGGUAAAAAGAACAGUCAAGGCUUAGGAAAAAGUAUCAUAAAACAAAGAACAAAGAGCAGUGGAAAUAUUAAGCAUGCCAAUAACUGGGUAAGUCAUAGAAUCACGAUUUUAGAGUCCUCAUGGCCUUGUUAAGCUUAGCUUAUAUUCCGUCUAUGGGAAAUGAAAAAUUAUGGUUCGUAAAAUCGAGGCUUCAAAGAUCGAACGAGUAAGGCAAAUUUAAUGAGCUAUAGUUCGUUUGGUUUUAUCCUAAAAUGAGGUUAUCUGAGGAACAUACUUCCAAGUAAUUACAAAGAAUGAUCAUGACAAAGCUUAAAAAUUACGAAAUGUUUUUGAUUAUCAAAGUUGACGUCAUUCUGUUUUAGCUGCAUUGCAGUGAGUUGGAUAGCGAUCCAGGACCCAGUGUUCAAUCCAUAACAGAACAAACUGAUUUGGAUGAUUUUUUAGCAACAGCUGAAUUGGCUGGCACAGAGUUUGCAGCAGGUAAGAGUUAUUUGUACUCUUGUAAGAGUUAUUUGUUUUCCAUGGGACUGCAGGGGGCGGAUUGGGAGGUGAGGGGGGGAGAUGACCUGCGGUUUUUAAUACAACUGGUAUUCUGCAAAAAAAAAAAACUAUGUGGUUUAUUGGUGUUGAAGUAGAGCAAGAGACGAGUGCACCCCUCCAAAAAAAAAAAAUCCUGGAUCCGCCCCUGGAAGCCUCAAUAUAAUAAACACUGAAGCCACAAUAAAGGGCCAAGGGACUGGAAUAUUUUGUUCGAUCUAACAAGGUUUCGUUAAAUCAUAUUUUCCUAUUACUGGAGUUAAAGAAAAGGGUUAUUUUAUACUGAGGGCUUUGUUAUUGUACAUACAACGUAUUGCAUUGUUCCGUAAGGCAUAAGAACAGAUCAAGCUUCAGAAAUUCAACAGAUUUUUAUAUUCUGCCACCGAAUUACACAAAAGCAUGUGACAACCAGUGCAAGAGUGUGGUGCAAGUGCAUGUGCAGGGUGCAAAGAAAGUCACUUUUACAGCCUGCCAUUCGAGCAAGCUGUAGCUAGCAUUUACUAGCCCACAAGUCAUUUCAACUAGCCCCAAAACCCUUUUUGAUUAACAGGAUUGAUUACGAUCCUUCUGUAAUUUGAAUUUCCCCAAAAAACACCACUUGUCCGUCGGGCAAGUUAAGAACAAAAAUCUCUAGCCUGAUAGCAAAAUCCACUAGCCUUGGGCUAUCAGACACAACAUUCUUUACACGCUGAUGUGGUAUGAUGUCAUACACCACAGUUAUAUCGAGGUUCCACUGUACUAGGUACAAAGAAUCCUGACCCUAUCGCACACUUGAUAUGAAUCAGGGACUCCAGUCUUCAUACUUGUACAGCUGAUUAAAUAAGUGAUCUGUUAUUCUUGAUUAAAACUCUUUGAUUUUUAUACCCUUUCCUUGACUUAUCUGCUUGACAACCCUACUUGAACCCUUCACAGAAGUGCAUAUGUAUAUAGCCCAUACUCAUGAAUCUAUACCACUGAUGUUUCUCUGCAUAUAACUGGUAUCAUAACCUUGCUUGCAGAAAAACUUAACACAACAAUCAUAACUGAGAGGCACAAUGACGGGCUUGUGAGUAGGGAAACAGCUGCAGCAAUCGAGCAAGCUCAGCAAGAGAAUCAACAUUUCCUUAGGAUUCCUCGCAGGUUUGUUUCUAUUACUGACCUUUUUUAAGAAAACAAUAUUAAACAUUUCAUAAUGAUAUUUAUCUUAAAAUUGUUCACAUCUGGACACAGUCGUUGAUUGAACUGUAUGAAAGGGUGUAAUUUCUUUAUAUUUCUCUACUUGCAGACCUGAAUGGGAUAAGGACAUGACUGUGGAGGAGUUAGAUCAACAAGAAAGGGAAAGUUUUCUUGACUGGAGAAGGCAACUUGCACAGUAAGAGCUUUGGUGAUUGUGUUCAUGUAGAUGUGCGAAGCUCUUGGCCAUGUUGCCCAAUGUUAUGGUUUAUUUUAAAUUAGUUACUUUGUUUAUUAUUUUUUUAAAUUAAUUAUUUACGUAAUCUUAUUUUUUUUUAGGUUGCAAGUGCAAAAAAGAACAUAUCUUGUUUUCUUAGCUUUACACCAUUUGAGCGUAAUCUUGAGUUUUUUGGAGACAGCUUUUAAGGAUACACAUUGAAAAAUUGUUGAUCAGAAACAUGAAGGUGACAUCAAUACAUGUAAAAAUUAAAAGUUACAAAUGUGAAAAUUUGUACAAAAAUUUGUUUAUCCCUAGUUAAUCAUACAGUUAAUCCAACAUUUUCUUUUUGUCCAUUUGCAUGAUACCGUGGUUUGUUUAAUUUCUUUUAGUGAUGUAAUUGUUCAGAUUGUGGAUGCAAGAAACCCCCUCUUGUUUAGGUGUGAAGAUCUGGUAAGAAUGAAACUAACUUUCAAUGUUUAUUUUUCCAACAAUUUUGCUAGAACACAUAGCAUAGGAUAAUUGUUUACUCCUGUCCAACUGCAUUUUUGUUUGUUUGUUAAGGUUAACAUGCCUUAGAAUAAGCUAAGAUUUUUUAAUACUUCCAUUUUUUUUAAUAUGAUAUUAAUUUUUGAGAAUAAAGUUGUUUUUCAUUACCUCUCAUUUGUGUUACAACUUUUUCCCCCUUUAAUUUUUUGUAACAUCAAGGAUACGACUGAACCAAAACACUACACAUUUUAAAUCAGUGAACUUUAUCAUAAUGGGAUGUAUUUAAAUUAUGUACUCAUUAUCUUUCCACUGUUGUUAUUUUGAUAGGAAAACUAUGUUAUUGAAGUUGAUCCAAACAAGUGCAAUCUUUUACUCAUAAACAAAGCUGAUUUUUUGUCUCCAGAACAAAG